UAACGGAAAGCCGGAAUUUCCAAUUUGAAGAAAACCAUGUUACAAAUUACUUGAAUGCUUUUGUUGUGAUGCUAUGGAGAUUAACAAGAUGACGCUACGCCGUUACGACGUUGUGACGUCCCUAUGUGAAAUGACGUGUUUACAAAUAAAUGUAACAGAUAAUUAGAAACAAAAUUAAUGUGACAGGAUUAAAUGAGCGGGUAAUUUCCUCGCUAGUGAUUGGUCGCCAAUAAGAUUGUUUGCCAUAACCACGUCCAAUAUCUUUCAUUCAAAAAAUGUUAUACGUAAUAAAUCUAAAAUUGUCAGACUAUUAGGAAGAAGCGCGAACUUUUGUGACCCAAUCAGCGGAAAGCUUGAUGCAUUUUUACCUUUGGAUGACGACAGAAAAGCCACGUAUCUUUCUUACAUGGGUUGCGCGUAUGCUGUAAAUAGACUUGAAUUCAGACUAAGUUAAAAUAAAGGUAAAUUGUUAUCAGACAGCAACCUAAGCUCCUAGCCAAUGUAAACAAACGGUGAAAACUACAAAGAUAUUUGUGAAAGUUUUGCUGUCACGAAAAAUAAUAUAACUUGUAAACAAUUCAAUAGGUCUUCCUAAAAAGGUUCGUCGAUGAAUAGGCUGACUUAUAAAGAAACGUAACUCUCAAAUCUCCCAGCAAAUAAAUUAACAAAGAUUUAAAAUUUUUUUUUGAAAACAAGUGUAACUUUGGUUGCGGUAAAACGAAAAGUUAACCUUAGUCGUAUUCAGUAUUUUGAAGUUCUUUAGUGUAUUGGCUUCUUAUAGCGCCACUAAAUGCGAAAGCCCUGGGGUCCAAAUUUACUUUUUCUCUAAACAGCUGCGAAAAUUAGAUUUUUGUGGUAGACUCUGUGAUCAAAUCUGAGCUCUUAAAUUUAUACAAUAAACUCUUUUUUUUAAUUUAAAAGAAUAUUUAAAGGGAUAUUUUAUUUUCAGUUUUCAGGAAUUUCCGUAGUUACCAUAAUCCAUUCCUUUCAUCUCUGCUCUAGGAGCUAUUUUUAUGGUACACAUUUUUAUCAACAUUUUAUUCAUUCAUGUUCAGUGUCACGCACGAGAAAUAACAUACGCUCUUUUGGACAUGUAAAAACACCACAAUUCGUUUUUACUAAUGAAAAGCGCAGCAAUUUAGCGCUUUUAAUUUAACGAUGUUUUUAUUAUCAGUUAUUUAUUAUGAAACUGUUAAAAAACAUUUUUGUAAGCGCUAUUAUGUAAUUAAAAAUCAUUUUGUUUAUAAAUAAGUAUGUCGUACGUCAUUGAGAAACGUCAUUACAUUGUUGUGGUUUGACGAGUAUGUAUAUAAUAUGUUGAUGCAGUCCCUAGAGAUUAAAAUUCAACUACUGUGCAAUCGUGUAUGUUGAAAGAAAUAUUUUUUUUUAUCAGAAGAAAUUAAAAGAUGUUGAAACAUAGUUUAAAACCUGUUUUUAGCAACGACAAACGUGAAAGACGUCCAACGAGUUUUGCAACAACGCUUUAUCAAUUUGAUGGUGUGGCGAUACCGCUAAAAGAAGCGUCGCAACGAUGGCGUUACCUGGGACGUCAUUUCGUAACAGACGAAAAUAGCGAAAAAGUUAUCUUGAAAAACUCUAUAGGAUCAAGAGUGACGCGAAAUACACCCUUCACGUUUUGUACGAAAACCACGUGGAAUUUGGGAGAUUUAAAAGCAAGCCAUCCGGACGGAGUUUUAUUUGACCGCCGAAAAGACGACACACAUUGCGUGCCAGUAGGGGUAUUUAUACUGAGUAAACGGGUUCAAUGGCGCAAUAUCCUUCACUCUGUAUCGGAUCCAGCAGCAGCACCCAAUACUAUCAAAGAAAAAAUCUUGUGUUUUUUUGGAAGAUUGGACGAGGACCCAUUAAACAAAAAAUUACAUCAACACGCAAACAAGGUCGUCGCGGCAGUCCGAUCAAGCGGCGUUGCUAGUAGAUACCUUCACGGCAUGACGAUUUAUAAGAGUAUUCUUGACGUAAAAAGUCACUCCGAAUACAAGGACACUAUCAUUGAAUUCUCGAUUACACCCAACACUGGAAAAUUGUUUGCUCCUAUACUGGAACAACUUAGUGACGUUACUGAUGUUACAUUUUCUUACGGCAUAUUUAGACGGCAUCAUCUGAUUGAGUCGUCAGAAGUUCGGUCAUACGAUUCUUCGUGAAAACCUCGGGAUAUUGAAAGUUCGGAAAUAGACAUUUUUUAAAAAAAUUAUUUUUAUUUGUAAAUAAUGUAUAUUGUAUCGAAUUUUAUUUAUAUUACAAAUUCAAAUCUCCA